AUGACCUUGACGGACCCAACCGAAGCAACACAGGCCAAGUUUCGCCAGCUUUACAAGACAAGCAGCCGCAUCCCUAUCCUGCAGUCUGUCGUCGAACUCAUUAAGCUAUGUCAGAUUGCCCUCUACAUGUUUGAGAAGUUGGAACACCAAUACAUCGACGGCUUACUAUGCGAUGUUACUGAAAAAGCCAUCAGCAGCUGGUGGACAGAGGUCGGUGCUGAGCACUACAACUUUGAGCCUACCGACGGAGUUCUGGGCCCAUCUACUGUGUCAGCAUUGCUGGGCAUGUUGAUGGGCGCACGGAAUCGACUGCACUGGUACGGUGCCCCAGUUUCGAAGGACGUGUUCGAGGUUGAGUCCACCAAGAGGGGUGUGGCUUACUUUCAGAAGCAGCAAAAGUUGGAAAAGACGCGCCGCCUUGACCGACAAACAUUGUUCCGGUUGCAUACCGCCACUGCUAAAGGUGCCGCUGCUGAAGGGUGGGGAGUGCAGAAAGCCGUCAAGUCUACAGUGACUGAAAUCGGAGGCAAAAGGGGUGAGCUCGUCAUGGACAUGGUUUCGGGCAGAGACAAGGGUGGUCUAGCAGAUAUCGAAACCGUGGACAUUGAUAAGUUCGUCAGCUUGGCCUACGGAGAUCGACCAAGGUGGCUUUGGCAUGGGAAGACUCGAAGGUCUCUCGCUGACCCCUUUGGUAGUGGCGAUCAAGAUCUUAGUAGCUCAUCCAUCCAAGCCCCCGAUACUACGCCAAAACGGACACAUGCUUUGCCGCUCGACGAGGAGCUUGUGGCUCGGCGUAAAGAAGACAAGAAUGCAGCGCCGUACACUACCCAUCAACCCGCCCCCGUCGACAACAUUGCAGAUGCAUCAGGCGACAGAGAUACUGUCCGCAGGGGAGUCUUCAAGAGCGUGGCGGACAAGAUGAGUGAUGCUCGCUCUGGUUUCGGCCGCAUCAAAGACGCCGUGGGUGGCAACCGAAGAGGUUACGCAAGCAAGUUGUCUAUGCCUGCAAGGGAAGAAUUCUCAGACGGGGCAAACGGAAGUACCCUGCUGCCGUCAGACUCACAAAACUCGGCCAUGGCAUCCAAUCCUGCCAUCACCCGCGUGUUCACGUGGAAGAACAAGCCAGAAGAGUAUCUUGCAGCCAUCAGGCGAGGUGACGACGUGCUGCCCGGUCAGAACGACGAUGCCCAAUACUCCGGCGCAUCGGCAAGGGAUAUUAAACCCGACGAGAAAUCUGGAGACGAGCUUCUGAUCGCUGGGGAUUGGGAAACAAACCUCAAUCGCAUCGGUUCCGACAUUCGCAAAGACAUAAGUCACAAGGGAUCUCCAACCAGACAGUCUGUGGAAGACGACAGUGACUUCCGGGGGCCAUUGCCACAGGAGGAACAAAGGUUAUGCCGCAAGAUAAUUCCUGUUGCCCGGCGUCGCAGUUGCGGAAUUGCUGACUUGGCCUCGAGGCAUAUCACAAAUGAGAGUCGAUGGGCACGCCGCAUGUCCUUUGGUGACGCGGAAGAGGCGAUUUUGACAUGGGAGGAAGUCAUCGACCUUGAUGAGACGUCAGACUACCUCACUUGCGUUGAAGCACAUGCAGAAGCUGCCAGUCAUCUGAAUCAUGUCAUUGAAGAAAUUGUGAACGAUGUCGGGCCUUGGGUCGAGGACAAGAUCAAAGCAGUAGAAUUCCUCAAUGAACGAUACGGCCAGGACAAGAAAGAGCUACAAGACUUAUACCAUAGGCUCGACGAAACUUGCCAACGAACUCGCCAUGAUUCAGACAAGCUCCUCAGUGAAGAACGUGAAAAUCUGACCGAGAGCGUCAAGGAAAUUGAAGUCCUUGUAGCGCGUCUGGAGUACGAGAUCAACGGUCUGUCGCAAAAAGUUGCGGAUGUCGAGGACAGCAUCCAGAACUUUGAGCGGCAAGUAGACGAUGUAGAGAAAAGAGCAGCAGAGUUAAAGGUGACGCUUGAAACAGAAAGCUGGCCUCACUGGUUUGUUCGGACACUUACGGGUAUCGGGACUGGGCCCAACAUCACACGCGAACCGCAAUGA